UCCCGCCACCUCCCACGUCCGCCCCGCCGUCGCCGCGGCGCCCCCCGCCUACCCACCAGCCCCGCCGGCGGCCCUGCCCCGCCGCCGCCGCCACCGCCGCCCGGCAUGAACAUCAUGGAUUUCAACGUGAAGAAGCUGGCGGCCGACGCGGGCACCUUCCUCAGCCGGGCCGUGCAGUUCACAGAAGAAAAGCUUGGCCAAGCAGAGAAGACAGAAUUGGAUGCUCACUUGGAAAACCUCCUUAGCAAAGCCGAAUGUACCAAAAUAUGGACAGAAAAAAUAAUGAAGCAGACUGAAGUGCUAUUGCAGCCAAAUCCAAAUGCCAGGAUAGAAGAAUUUGUUUAUGAGAAACUGGAUAGAAAAGCACCAAGUCGUAUAAAUAACCCAGAACUUUUGGGACAAUACAUGAUUGAUGCAGGGACUGAGUUUGGUCCAGGAACAGCUUAUGGCAAUGCCCUUAUUAAAUGUGGAGAAACACAGAAGCGAAUUGGAACAGCUGACAGAGAGCUGAUUCAAACAUCAGCUUUAAAUUUCCUCACGCCUCUAAGAAACUUCAUAGAAGGGGAUUACAAAACAAUCACAAAAGAAAGAAAACUAUUACAGAAUAAGAGACUGGAUUUGGAUGCUGCAAAAACAAGACUUAAAAAGGCAAAAGCUGCAGAAACUAAAAGUUCACAACUGAACUCCGCCCGGCUUGAAGGAGAUAACAUUAUGGUAAAUUUCUCUUACAUGCUCAACUUCCUGCAUGUAAAAUGGCUGAAGAUUUGGGCAGAGGAAGUGACAAAAUCUGAACAGGAAUUGCGAAUAACUCAAAGUGAAUUUGAUCGUCAGGCAGAGAUUACCCGACUUCUGCUGGAGGGAAUCAGCAGUACCCACGCCCAUCAUCUCCGCUGUCUGAAUGACUUCGUGGAAGCUCAGAUGACUUACUAUGCACAGUGUUACCAGUACAUGUUAGACCUCCAAAAACAAUUGGGAAGUUUUCCAUCCAAUUAUCUUUCUAACAACAAUCAGACUUCUGGAACACCUGUGCCAUCUGCUUUAUCAAACGCCAUUGGUCCUUCUGCUAUGGCUUCAACGGGUAACCUAGUACUCACCUCUCCUUCCAACCUCAAUGACCGUAAGGAAUCAAGCGGCUGCAGGAGGGCCAGGGUGCUCUAUGACUAUGACGCUGCAAACAGUACUGAACUGUCACUUCUGGCUGAUGAGGUAAUCACUGUGUUCAGUGUCGUUGGAAUGGAUUCAGACUGGCUAAUGGGGGAGAGAGGAAAUCAGAAAGAUGUUGAAGAGUGUGACGAUCUCCACUCGAGCUUCCGUAACUUCAGGAGAGGAAGUGGUGGUCAGUGCACAGGAAGGGUCAGUGGGAUGGACCCAAGCAGUGGUGGUGCUCCUUCCGCUGGAAAGUAAGCCUCCUCCAUGACUCUCCUGUUCUCCUGGCAGGACUGAAGAAUGAAUUUUUGCCAGAUUCCUGCAUUUUCAUCAAAUUGUCUUGUCAGAGCUGAGUACAGGCAGCACAGACAGCUAAGUGCUGUGGAAUGAGGCAAACAGAAUGGAGAAUCGGAAUACCUGGAACUGGUCAGCACCGUUAAUCAUCUCCAGAGAUCAUCAUUACCCAAUCAUGUAUUCAACCCAUCUUAAAAGUACCAUCUCCCAUUACCGCGAUGUUGGAGCACAUGGACCGUUUCUGGCUUUGUUUCUCCAUUUUUAAAUGUAUUGGCUUAAAAACAAAAAAAACCUG